UAGAGCAGCAGAACAGAGCAUCAUUUUGCUGUGAGGAUUAUUAUGUUUUUGACCAGGAGGCUUCUUCUUACUUUUUGGAUAUGUAAACCAACUGAAAAGGACUGAAUAAUUGCGUAGUUGUUGUUAUUUUGUUAAAUAAUUAGCUUUGUUUUAACGUAAUUACUGAGUGGCUGUUUUGUUGACCUACAAAUUUACAGACACACUGGCUCUUUUCUUUAAUGACCUUCUAACUGCCUAGUUUGCUGGCUGAGAAACAGUUUUGUUCACUGACUGACUAACUGGCUAUGGUGUUUAUUGUCAGGUUGACUGGCUGACAAACAAAUUUGUUAUUUUAUUAACUAAACACUGGCUGACUGCUUAUGUUAUUUACUGACUGGCUGAUUGAGCUACUUUCUGUUUUAUUCCCUGACUAGCUGUCUUGGUCAUAUGCAGGCUUACUAUUUUGCUGACUGGCUGGGAGUGGCAUCAUCAUUUCCGCCCCCCAGCCAGGCUUUGUGAUUGUUUGAAUUUGGAGGAGGUGUGAUGAAGAAGAGAGGCUCCACAUAAAAAAACUCAAAGAAGAAAGAACUAGAAACUAGAAGCAGCAGAGAGAAAAGAGGAGGAAAGAAAUUUACAACAGAAAAUUGGAUUAGGGAGCAAAAGGAGGGGAGAUUGGGGAAGGAAGGGUGCAGAGAAGAGGCGUGGCAGCGGAGAGAGAAAAAGAUUGAGCGGGGAGAGAGAGAGAAGAACAGGAGAGUGGAUGCGACCCACACCCUGAGAUGCUGUGCUGGCUGAGAGAAGACGAGAUGUCAGUCCAGGAGCUGCUACAGAGGGUGCAGUGUGUCAUCACUCAUGUCGAUGAGAUUAUGCAGCAGGAGAUCAGGCCCCUGCUAUCUGUGGACAUCAUAGAGCAGCUUCAUCGCCAGUUUGCCUUGCUCUCAGGAGGGCGAGGCAAAGAUGGCGCCCCUAUCAUCAUCUUCCCAGAGUACUCAGGCUUUAGCGACGUGCCAGAGGAAGACUUCCUCAAUGUUGUUACUUACUUGACCAGCAUACCCAGCCUGGAUGCUGCCAGUAUUGGCUUCAUUAUCAUUAUUGACCGGCGGAAGGACAAAUGGAGCUCAGUGAAGGCCUCUCUAUCCAGGAUCGCUGGAGCGUUUCCAGGAAACCUGCAGCUGGUGUUGGUGCUGAGGCCGUCCAGGUUCUUCCAGAGGGCUAUAGCAGACAUUGGGAUCAAGCUGCAUAAGGAUGACUUUAAAAUGAAGGUACCGAUUGUGAUGCUGAACUCUCUGUCAGACCUGCAUGGCUAUGUAGAUAAAAGCCAGUUAACCCGGGAGCUAGGAGGAAGCCUGGAGUACUGUCACAGUCAGUGGAUACACCACCGAACUGCUGUAGAGAACUUUGCCAUGACAGUGAAAACCACAGCACAGAUGUUACAGAAGUUUGGGACAGACCUGGCAGAGACAGAGCUGCCUAAUGAUGUCCAGUGCACCAAAGACCUGCUCAUAGCACACACUGACAAACACAACAACCUCAAGGAUGAACUGAAGCUAGCUUUGAAGCAGGGCACCACCUUGUUAGAUUGUAUCAAGGAGCAGGCAGCCAAGUCAGAGAACCACAAACUGAACCCAGAUGAGAUGGAGAACCAAACAACUGUGGAAAGGCUCCUAGCCCAGCUGGAUGAGACAGAGAACGCCUUCGAACAGUUCUGGUGUAAACACCAUCUGAAACUGGAGCAGUGUCUGCAGCUACGCCACUUUGAACAGGACUUCAGAGAGAUGAAAGUGUCUCUAGACAGUUUGAUGGACAGUCUAACCAGCCUACCAGAUACCGGGGAUUGUGUGGCCAGAGAUGAACACCUGCUAAAGGACCUGAAAAAACUAGAGGAGAAGGCUCUGCCCACACUAGAAAAGGCCCAGCUCCAUGCACUGCACGGUGACCAGCUGAUCCAGAGUAACCACUACGCUGUGGACUCUAUUCGACCCAAAUGUGUGGAGCUCCGGCGGGUCUGUGAUGACUUCAGCAACGAAUCAAAAAAAAAGACGGAUGUCUUGUCCAAAUCACUGCAGAUACACAUGGGCAUUGAUAAGGUAACCCAGUGGUGUGAGUCUGGCAUCUACAUGCUGGCCUUCCAGGCUGUGGAUAAGUGUCAGUCACAGGAAGGGGCAGAGUCAGCACUUAUUGACAUCGAACACUUUCUGGAGUCUGCAGAAAAGAACCAACUGACUGAAUUGAAGAACCUCCACAACCUGUAUGAUGUUGUCCUGUCCGAGGAUAUCAAGGCCAAUGUUCUGAAGGCACUGAAGCGCCUGGAGGACGUCCAGGAGAUGUUUCAGAAGCGACACGUCAGUCUGAAGAGGCUGUCAGCUAAACAGAUGAGGCCCGUCCAGCCCGUUGCCCCGCGGCCUGAGUCCUCUCCCAAACGGCCUGUACUGAAGAACCCACCGAGGACGACUGGGAGCCAGCAGCCUCUGGCUCGCAGAGCUUCUGAUAAUUCUAACAGUGGCAAGCAGCCAGCAGAAGCUGAUCCCAGCAAGAAGAAGAACAUACGCAAGGCCAAAGGAGGCAUCAAGAUUGAGGUGAUGCAUGAGAAAAGCCAAGGAGGCUCCACCCAUGUUGUUGUGACCAAUGAGACAGAGGAGAGUCUGUCCAACAGACGCAGACACAUCAUGACUGAGCUAAUUGAAACAGAGAGGCUAUAUGUGGAGGAACUACAAAGCAUCAUGGAGGGUUAUUUUGCAGAGCUGGAUAACUCAGAGCUCAGCCACCUCAUCCCCCCUUCUGUUGGGAACAGAAGGGAUGUACUAUUUGGCAACCUGCCAGAGAUAUAUGAAUUUCACAACAGGACAUUUCUGAGAGAGCUGGAAAACUGUGCAGAGAAACCAGAGCUGGUGGGAACCUGUUUUCUGAAAAGGAAAGAAGAGCUUAAGGUGUAUGAGAAGUACUGUCAGAAUAAACCCCGCUCUGAAGUUCUCUGGAGACAGUGUGGAGACAGCCUCUUUUUUCAGGAAUGCCAGAAGAAAUUGGACCACAAACUGUCUCUGGAUGCCUAUCUGCUAAAGCCUGUCCAGAGGAUCACCAAAUACCAACUCAUGCUCAAGGAGAUGUUAAAAUGCAGUAAGGGGGAUGGGACAGCUGAGUUGGAGGAGGCUUUAACCACCAUGCUGGACAUCAUCAAGUCUGUCAACGACUCCAUGCACCAGAUAGCCAUUACAGGCUUUGAGGGAAACUUGAGUGAACUCGGGAAGCUGUUGAUGCAGGGAUCCUUUAAUGUGUGGACUGACCACAAGAAAGGCCACAGCAAGGUGAAGGACUUGGCCAGGUUUAAGCCCAUGCAGAGACACCUGUUCCUGUAUGACAAGAUGAUGCUGUUUUGUAAGAAACGAGAGGAGAUCACAGAUGGACACGAGAAGACCCCCUCCUACAGCUUCAAACACUCUCUCAAGAUGAGUGCUGUGGGGAUCACAGAGAACGUCAAAGGGGACAUCAAAAAGUUUGAGGUGUGGUACAAUGGCAGAGAGGAGGUUUACAUCAUCCAGGCUCCUUCCAUGGAUGUGAAAAAUAUGUGGGUGUCUGAGAUUCGUAAAGUUCUUACAGGCCAGCUAGAGGCAUGCAGAGAAGCCAGCCAGCUCAACAUCUAUGGGGUUCCCAUGAGGAAUGUGCGUAAGAUGGCGCUGAGACAAUCCGAUUCAUCGAGUCCAGAGUUAUGCUUCAGGAGAACCAACCCUAGCCCUAAUAUGAGGCAGAAGAAAGUUGAGGCUUCUGCCAGUCUAUCAGGCCACUCGGCUGCUUAUGCUAGGAAACGGUUCACCUUGGAGGGACUUUCUAACAGGAGGUCGCUUCCAGCAGAGCCUGCUGUUAAGGAGGCAGUGGUCCCCCGCCGCUUCUCUCUCGCCUCCUCUUCCUCCUUCGCCACGCGACACACAAAAGGUACCCUGUCUGCUAGUGUAAAGAGCAAGAGACAUGAGAUAAAGAGUGAUCCCACUCCAUUUGGUUAUGAAGAUACUUUGCAUGGUGCUUUGGCUGCAGUCAGGAAACGUCAGAGCAUGACUAGCAGCACUGCAACUGCUGCUGGUGGCACCUCAGCUGUCCCUAGAUCCACCUCCCAACCAGGCUGGGCCCAGCAGCGACUCCCUUCCAUGGACACAGACGACUUUGAGCCGAUCCCCUCCAGUGCGGAGGAAUCCUCCAACUCUUCAGAAGAGGAAGGCAACAAUAAAAAUGAUGACAGUGGUCGUUUCCGGGUGCAGCUUACCUAUGAGUCCUGUGAAGCGCGAGACCUCUCUGAGACGGGUGACUUGGUCCAGUUUCUGAAGGAAGCACAGAGCGGACAAUGAUAUCUUCAGCGAUCUGUGUACAGCAACGCUCUCUAAAUCGGGCGGAAAUGAAAGAAGUACGUGAGGAGAUGUGUCUCAGGACAGUUCAUUUCUUUGGACUACACCAUGUUUCUUGGAUCAUGACCAUGGUUUCUCAGCUGUAAUUUCCUAAACUGGACUUUAAAUAUUAACAGCUAUUAGUUUUCUACUUGUAGGUCUUCAUUUUGGACUACAUAUAUGGCCUGCUGUUGUUAUUUGGCUGUAGUUUUUAAUGUUUGACACAUUGAAGCUUCUUCAGUGAAGCCUCUGGAAAAAGAUGAAAUAUCAACAUGCCUGAAUGGAACAGUGGGAGAGCCAUAAAGGACGUUUUAUUUAAAGGACAAUUUCGGCGCAAAAUGAAUGUAGGGGUUAAUAACAUAUGUGUACCGAGUCGAACGUUCUCUGGGACAUGUUUUUGUGCGAAGCAAAUCCGUCUCCAGCUUUAAACAACAUACCGCAAAACCGGUGUUUACCUGCUAACGCUAGCUUUCGAGGCACUUGGUAAAUCACUAUUUUAUAUACCACUAACAAGGCUCAAAAUAGCACCACACUUAAACGGUAGAAUAAUGAGGGUCCCUACAUGCAAACCGAAGCAUUGAGAACUUUUUAAGUGUACAAAGUUUUACAGUUUAUUAAAAAGAUAGAUUAUAAAGACAGUAGCGUUCCUGUUUACAUUUGGGCACCAUCUUGGAAAUGUCAUGAGCAGUCGAACCACGAAUGCCGUGCAACCAGUAACGAGUAAUAUAGCUCAAACACAGCGUUCGUGCCUUGUUUUGCUGCUACAGUGCGCUGAAGAAAAACUCUUGCAGACAAGGUUCUGCCUCUGCUGCCUGCUUCAGCCACCUGAACCUUUCAGGUUCAAACUACCGACACUUUCCAGAAGAACUUACUUGCCUUUCUUCACCCAGGUAGUGGAGAGCACCCACAUAAUAUCAUUACACCACAUCAGAUCCCAAUGUGUUGGUUCUCACACCCUGUAGACUUGCAAAUCACCUGUAUAAAUUGUGAGGUUCAGUAAGUCCCCUGGCAGUCUAAACCUAAAUCAGCAGACCUAAAAAGGGCUAGUCCAAGGCAAACCUGAGCCAGCCCUAAAUAUAAGCUUACAAUACAGAGUUACAAUACAGUACUUACAAUAGUCCAGCCUCAAAGUAACAAAUGCAUGGACUAGUUUUUCUGCAUCUUUUUAAGACAGGAUGUGCCUACAUUUUUGCAGUGUUACCCAGGUGAAAAAAGGCAGUUAUUAUUAUCAGGAGAGACUUCGUUGCAGAUAUGCAAAGGUUUAUUGUACAUAUGCAUAAUGAAAUGUCCAGAGUCUUUGGAGACUCCAUCGUUGUGAAAUAAUUUUUAAAGGGGUAGAGAAACAGGACAUAUCCCCUGAUGGAGUCUAGACACUAUUGGUGGUGGUGAAGGAGCCCAAAACCAGAGCGAAGGAGUCGACGGAGCGUUCCGCGGGUCACGAUGACUGGAGGUUGAAGGGGAGGAGGAGGGUUGCACGCUUAGCCUGAAAUGACAUCUGACGCAGCAGGGAGAGAAACAGAUUUAAAGCAGGGAUUAUUUGC